UACAGGACGCGCGCGCACCGGCGUCUCCGGAGACCGUUAUCAUUAGCGGACAGCGUUUGCAGCUCAAUGGUGCUGUGUGCGUGUGUUGAUCAGAUCAGCUGGUGUUUGCAGUGAUGGAGGUGAACAGGGAUGAAGCGGAGCGUUGCGUUGAGAUCGCGUUAGGAGCGUUGGAGCGCGCGCAGCCCGAGAGAGCGCGCCGGUUCCUGGAGAAAGCGCAGCGUCUUUACGCGACGCGCCGCGCACAGGAUCUGCUGGAGUCUCUGGAGCCUCAGAGCGGGGGUGCAGGAGCCCGUCAGCGGAGGUCAGGGGUCACCAGUAACGGCGCGCCACCUGCCGACUCCAGUAAACCCUACACACCUGAGCAGGCCGAGGCCGUCCGCAG